AGCAACAAACAAACAGAGAAACAGGACAACAGAGAGACAGAGAUUCAUUCCUCCAUCAUGCAAGUCCUUUCCAGUCUGGCGUUGGUUCUGAAGAACAUUUGGACACUCUCCUUCCUCCGGGACCUUCUGUGUGAAUUUGUGGGCACUGCCCUCUUCCUCUUCGCCAGUCUGGCCUCGGUGGUGCUACGGCCCCAGCUUCCAGCCUGGGAUGGUAGCCUCUCCAGUCCCACCAGUGAUCAUCAUCUCCAUGCCUUGUCCUUCGAGUCAGACCCAUCCUCUCUCUCGGACACCCAGCCCCUCUCCGAGUGCCACCCUGACCCCCUGCAUGUGGCCCUGGCGUUCGGGGCCUCUGUGGCUGUGGUAUCUGUGUGCCUGGGUCCUGCUACCUCUGGAGGAGGGGUCCACCUGAACCCGGCUGUGACCCUGGCUCUGGCUGCAGGACUGAGGGUGAGCCCCUGGAGAGCUGUCCUCUACGUGGGGGCACAGCUCCUCGGUGCACUCUGUGCCUGUGCCCUCCUCAUGGGAAUGGUGCCUGCCCCACUCAGAGGGCAUUUGGGGCUCAACGAGGUGAGUCACAUCUGAUUCAUUUUUAUUUGAUUCUAGGUUGUAGUGAAGUAUUGUUUUUCUGUAGUAUUAUAGCUUCCGAAAAUACAUUAUUAGAAAUGUUUUGCCAAAAUCUUCUUUGUAUUUUUGUAUUUUUGCUUAAUUGAUUAUGGGUGUUUAUGGGUUAUGGGUGUUAUAAACAUUAUCUGUAAAAUGUUUCUUUUUCCAGGUAGCCUUGGGUGUCCACCCAUGCCAAGCCUUCUCAGUGGAGACAGCCAUCACCUUUCAGCUGGUAGUCUGUGUCCUCGCUACGUCACGACCCAAAUCAGCCUUCCACCUCCUGGGUCCUGUAGUGGUCGGCUUGUCUGUCACUUUGGGAAAUCUAGUAGCGGUAAGGAAGAUGACAGAUCCUAUUUGUGUUAGUUUAAAUUCUGUCUGGCCACAAUAGAGUUGCUAUGGGUAAUUUGAUGGAUUUUGUCAAUUAAAACAUUUUGUAGAUCUUUACAUUUGUCUUAUCUUUUGAUUUCAUGCCCCCCCUUCUCUCUUAUUCUCCCUCUCUCUCUCUUUACCUUCUUCCUCUGACCAGAUUGGGUACACUGGCUGUGGGAUGAAUCCUGCUAGGUCUUUUGGUCCAGCUGUGGUCACUUUAAAAUUUCAUAACCAUUGGGUGAGUCUGGCCAAGUUGACUAUCUCUCAUUGUGCUCCAUGAAAAUUACAAAAGUAUAUUGACGCUAUUUACUAACAUCACACCAUAGUGCACACAUACAAAACUACUUACAAAAAAAGUAUCUCUCUCCUCUGCAGGUGUAUUGGGUGGGGCCGUGUGUGGGGGCGUUACUUGCUGGCCUACUACAUGACCUGGUGCUCCACCCACGAUGGGGUUGCCCUGGCGACUGGUUGGCUGAGUUUAAGGAACUGUUUCCCAAGGAUCCACUUAAACAGCCCACCACCUUGGAACACACAGUGGAGUAGAGAUGGAGGCAGUUCUCUUACCAUUCUUCGACCAUUGACCAAAGGUGACCACACACCAUUCUCUGAUAUCUGACCACUUGCCACUGGUGUACACAAGUGGCCAUGCUAGCUGGGUCCAUCGUUGAGUAACACGGAGUGAAGAAACUCAAAAUGUGUACACAUCUACAGUAUUCAUGCACAUCUACAUUGUAGCUAUGAUAAUAUACUCUGCUGUAUUCUCUGGGAGACUGCGCUCUCCUCUCUUUCCCUGAAUGUACUGGCUAGUUUCCUUUCUGGCUAGUUCUGCGAUAUUUCAGAACUGAACAAAGCACUAAUCCACCAUCUCAGGUUCUUCACAAUCAUGUUGUUUGUCAGCUUGACUUCAUUUUGUGCAUCUUUGUACCUCUCUGAGGUGUCGAACCAUCUGUAGAUGCAGACAAUUUAUAUUCAGACCAAAGCCUAGAUAUUUGUAUGAGUGUCCAAGGUGAUUUCAUUCAGGUCAGUUAAAGUACGGGUACAGUUCUUCAACAAGCUGUGUAAUCAUUCACAUUAUGGGACAGAUCACUAUGAUAUGUGUUUUUAUAUAACACUAUCAUGGGGUUUGUCCUGUUAUACAUAUUUCAAUGACAGCUGUAUGACUCAGUAAAAUGUUCUUUAUUAUAGAAUUAAUUCUACAUUUGUUUUUCACUAAAUUGAAACAGA